AUGUAUGUAUCUGUUCCAGGGUGGCGUUCACUGCACAUAGCUGCCGAAGAUGGACACCAGGAAAUGGUUGAGAUAUUGUUAGAGUCAGGGGCGCACCUUGACUCCAGGAACAAACAGGGUUUGAUGCCCAUUCACCUGGCAGUACAGGCCGGCCACCUAGAGGUCGUUCAGGUGUUAAUCAGUAAGAUGCCUCCUUUAAUUACAGAAGUUAAUGGCUACCAAUUGGUUCACUGGGCAGCUAUCGGCGGACACAUUCCAGUUCUCUCAUUUCUCAAGGCGAAGAACUACAACUUGGCAACCCUUACAGGCGAUAACCAACAGACAGUACUUCACCUAGCGGCAGACAACGGCAAUUUGGAGGCGGUUAAGUGGUUAAUUCAUCCCGGUUGCAUUAAUCUUAACCUCAGAGACAGAAGGGGUCGCACUGCUGAGGAUCUGGCCAGACAGGAACACUACAAGGAGAUCGCUCGUCACCUUUGGAGUUUAGCUAAGACACAACAGUUAAAGUUAUUGGAGGCGGCAGGUAGCGGGAAGGUGAGGCAGGUGGAGAGGUUGAUCAGACAAGGUGUUGAGGUCGACUGCAAAGAUCAUCGGAAUAACAGACAUGGUCGGCGCCCCAUACACGAGGCAGCGCUCAAGGGUCACCUGGACGUGAUCAAGAAUUUACUCUUAGCAGGCGCUCAACGGGAGGCCGAGGAUAACAAGGGUAACACUGCCAUGCACUUUGCAGCACUGGGAGGUCAGGUAGCCGUGAUGACUUUACUAAAAGUUAAUAACUGUGUUGUAUCGCCUGUCAACAAUGGAGGGGAGACGCCCUUACACUUCGCUGCUGCAGGUAACCAUCCAGACACCCUCAAGUGGCUCCUCCUACAGGGUGUUGAUAAGGAUUGUAAGAACUUCUCAGGAAAUACGGCUGAGGAUCUUGCUAGUAGGAAUGGCUUUCUCGUGGCUGCUGAGGUGGUUCAUAAUUAUGGUAGAGAACAAGUACCGGUACAAGUGUUGGUGUAGGUCCUGGUGGCUGUUAUCCUGCGCCGUCUAUUGGUCACACUGCGCCGUCUAUUGGUCACACUGCGCCGUCUAUUGGUCACUGCGCCGUCUAUCCGUCACACUGCGCAGUAUUGUUACUAUUGUUUACAGUUCCCUCCAGAAUAGACUCCUAUUUUAUUAGUGUCAGGAGGAGUGUGUGAGCUAGCUGAUAAGUCCUGACGCUGCUCACUGUUCUAACCCUGCUCACACAACAGGUAAGAACUAAUUCAGCUGUCUCAUUUAAGCUACAGUACCUAAAUAAUGUAUUUAAAAUGGUACUGGUACUUCGCCGAGACUCUAGCUCAAUCAGGUAAAGGAAUACAAUUAUUGAACAACGUUUUUGUUAAUCCAGAUUCGAAGCUGCAAGAGAAAAAUCCCAUUGGUGGGAAUCCAUUACUUGACGAAUGUAAUCCACAGAGAAAAAUCGCCUCAAGAUUGUUAUAUACUGCUGAGUAUUCGUUAUAUGUCAUUUAUAUUACCUGGCCUUACAAAAUAGCUGUAAGUGGUGUGUGUGUGUGUGUGUGUGUGUGUGUGUGUGUAUACAUAGAAAUUCUAACACAAAUUAUAAAUGAAUAGUUUUACUUGUAACCUGACAUUUGCUAACCUAACCUGAUCUAACCUAACCUAACUUGACUUACCCUAACCCAACUUAACUUAAUUUAGAUAUAGCUUGGUUAAGAUAUUAUAUUACAAUGCAUCUUAAAGGAAGCAAUAUAAGAUUUACAAUAUAUGAACUAAUUUCCAUUAAGUUUUAUCUGUGAGGGUAAAAAAAAUCUUCGUGGUGUAGAUUAACACAAUAUAACCUUUUUCUUCUCUAUUUUAAAUUUCUUCUGUUCUUAUUUUUU